UCAAACAUUGCUGGAGAAACCAAAGAGGCCUGUGAGAAAAGAAAGAAGAAAAGAAAGAAAAGUCGCUGGAGCAACAGGUUUCGGACAUUGCUGGAGAGAGGAGAUCUCUUGCGGGAAAUGAGGGACCAAAGAGGCCUGUGAGAAGUCGGGUUGUGGAGUGGGAGGUACUGGACCCACUGUGAGUGCUUUAAAAAGUUUGAGGGAAGAUGUCCCAGCAGCGAUACAGGGGCUACAGUAGAGGAGCAAAUGACCGCCAUCAGUCAUGCGGGAUGCUCAUUUGAAGAGUGAUCUGCAUAAUUGAUGCAAAUUAAUUAUAAUCUAAGAGUUGUCUGAAUAUCAGAAGACGCCUUCAAUAGAAUGGCAAAAGCAACAACUAUCAAGGAAGCUCUAGCCAAAUGGGAAGAAAAAACUGGUCAGAAGCCAUCGGAGGCCAAGGAAGUGAAACUCUAUGCUCAGGUUCCCCCUAUAGAAAAGAUGGAUGCUUCUCUUUCCACUCUUGUUAACUGCGAAAAACUCUCUUUAUCUACAAACUGCAUUGAAAAAAUUGCCAACUUAAAUGGGCUAAAAAACUUGCGGAUAUUGUCAUUGGGAAGGAACAACAUAAAAAAUCUGAAUGGGCUGGAAGCAGUUGGGGAUACCUUAGAGGAGUUGUGGAUCUCAUAUAACUUGAUUGAGAAGUUGAAAGGUCUCCAUGUGAUGAAGAAGCUGAAAAUUCUCUACAUGUCCAAUAAUCUGGUGAAAGAUUGGGCAGAGUUUGUGAGGUUGGCAGAGUUGCCGCUACUGGAGGACCUGGUGUUUGUAGGCAAUCCACUGGAAGAGAAAUACUCUGCUGAUUCACAGAGUGCCUGGGUUGAGGAAGCAACCAAGCGAGUGUCCAGACUGAAGAAACUCGAUGGUAUCCCAGUUAUAAAACAGGAAGAAGGGGAAGAAGGAGAAAACUAGCACCUUUUCUUUCACAUUAAAUUAUUGAUGUAUCUCCAGCACUAUAUAGGAUGUGAUGCUUUUGUAUAAAUAUGUCUUUAAAGAAAACUUAGGCAACAUUUUAACUGAUUCAUCUCCAUGUUCUUCUCACCCAAAGAAUUCUUACUUUUUUAUAAUGAAUGUUUAUUUUUUAUUUAAUACCUGGAGUUUUUCUGCAAGUGUAUGAUUUUUUUAAAGAGCAGAUUUCUAUAAGCACAUGUUAAAUAGUUUUCUCUAAUCAUUUGAGAAAUGGCAGAGGGGUUCUAUAUAGUAUGGCUUUUUAAAAAUAUCUUUUUUUAAAGAAAGGAUUCAAAUAAUGGUAUGCUUUAACAUUUAUCAAAUGUCUGUUUUUUCUCCCGAGGUAAUAUCCAGUAUUAGAUGAAAGAGUGAAGGCAGUUUCUUUUUUCUAAGUGAAGUAUUUCUCUCCUCAUUUGGUUUAAUAUGCUGGUUGAAUUUUCCUUUACAUACUUUAAGGAACAUGAAACUCUUAAGCAAAGGUUUUGUGUUGAUUAUACGUUGCAGAAUGGCUGAAGUCCUUUAUUAUUUUGGAGUCGAGUAAUCUGAGAAAAGAAAGCAGCUGUCAAAAGAAGUUGAAAUAUAGCAGGUUGUUCAAAACUAAGUCUCCAUUUUAGUAACUGAUAAAUGACAGCUGAAGAAAUUACAGGAAAGGAAGAAGAGAAAAGCAAUAAUGCUGUAGGAUAUAUAGUACACGUGUUCCAAGGCAGUUUAUUAUUAUUUUUUUCAUAAAUCUUACUUUGUCAAAGCCUUCUUCUUCCCUAAAAUUUUUCACUGAUAUGAUUGGACAUUUUGGUCAUUCCUAAAGAUGGAAAGGAGAAAAAUAAAGUAAGACGUUACUAUUUUGUUGAAGGUAAAAUUUAAUUUUAUAAAAACUUGUGGCAGUUUUUUUCUGCUCUGUUUUUUUUUCUACUUAAAAGUAUUGGCUCUGACAAUCCAUUUCUCAGUUAACAGAUGACAGGCAUUCAAAAAGGGGAAUGAAACUGCAACCCUCUGCGUAGUUAUAUGGGAAUAAAUACUAUGAAACACAGCGUUGCUCACUUCUAUUUUACACAAACGCUGAGCCUUUGCUCAGGAAUAUUCUUUAGCCUUUGGAUUUAUCCUAACCAUUUAAAUGUGGCAGUUUAUUAAUAAGAUUACCCCUGUGAUUCUACUCUGUCUCAAAUCUAUGUAUUUAUGAGGCAUUAAGACAGUUAUUACUCUGAAAGAAUUUUGCUGUUCAGAUUUUUUUAAAGAGGAGAAUUCCUUGCUAUUUUAGGCUUGGUUACGUCAAAGAGCAAUCCUCCAAGAUAUUUCACAAAGUUUCAGGGAAAGUUUCACGAGGUUCAGGGAAAUUGUUCUUGCUCAUCCACAGAUUGGAUUUUUUUAAAAAAAAGAACUUUCAGAUAAUUCAAUUUUUACUUUCAUCCUGUUUAUAUUUAAUCUUAAUUGUUUCUGUGAAUCAAUCCAUGUUGAUGCAUCAUUUUAAACAAAGAUAUUUAUAUGUUAGGUUUAGUGCUUGGCAUUGUUUUUCUCAUAUGUUCUCAUUUGUAUCUUUAUUGUUGUCUUCACAUUAGGCCAGGUGUAGGUAAUCUUUUGUUGGCCAGGAGCCCAGCUGAAUACUGGGGAAGAGGCUGCAAAAUGAAUGGAAUACUUCACAUAAGUGAGCAGAAUUAUGUUCAGGGUUACAGAGUACUAGAUUUAAAAGGCAGCUAAAAACUGAAUAAACAGAUGUUUUAGGGCUUAUGCUACUGUAAGAUGUCAUCUUAUUUCCACAAAUGGAAAAUGAUGCUAUCGGUUUUCAGCAAUCAUAACAAGCUUUAAGAACUUUAGAGCUAUAAAAAAAGGCCAGAUUUCAUGAUGUCCCUAGAGGUUGCUCAGCUCUGCUUUAGGCAAUAAGUCUGUUUGGGUGCAGUAGAAGUUACUUCUGAGUAAACAUGCGUAGGAUUGCACUGCUUGCAGCUGAGGAAGUUUAUGAACAGAUACAUGAUUGUAGUUCUUAGAACUUUUUCCUUUUUAUAGUUUAAAGUAAGGCACUGUAUAAGGCAUUGUGUUCCCAGACCAGUGAAUGUCAUUUAUAUACGUCCUCUUCUUUGCAUCUUACCAAUUAAUUUUUCUCUUGGUACCUUUGAGGCAGGGGAAACUGGUGAACUAAUGAAGAGUUGUCAUAUCUGGAGUACAAAAAUUGGAGCUGCAAACAUUGGGGCAUUUGCUGGAUGAUAAUAAACAGUCAUAGUAUUGUAUUAUCACUUUCCUGCCAUCUACUGGUCAUCCAGAUUUUUGCAGCCUGGAUAACCUUUAACUGGGCAAAACAGUGCCAUAAAGCCAAAGUCAAAGUACUUUAAAUGGGCUAACUUACAAAAUUCAUCCAAAAUCUGGGACCCAUAAUUCUUGUGGAAUGGAUAUUUGACAAGUUUUAUGAAACAUUUAUAACACAAACAUUAUCCUAAAGCACUUUAUGGCAUAAUAAAAAAUGUCAUAAAACAUUACUGGUCCUGAUGUUUGGGCUAUUUUCAAGGCAGAAACAUCUCUGAAUGUAUCCCGGCUUUUUCAGUGGAGGUAGUGCAUUAGAAGGCUCUGUCAUUGUUGAAGACAUUGAGAAAUCUGGUAAGGAAAUUUCUCUUGAAAGGAUGACAUUAUAUAGUGUGGGUUUAAGAGGCUGAUUCUCUGCAAGGAUUUGCUCUUGAGGCAUUUAGUGCCAGCGAUUAAGAUAAUGCUAGCAAAGGGUCAAAUGUGCAGACACCUACCAGGGAUCUGGUAGGCAGGCAGUUCUAAAUGCCUAAUUGGUUCUUUUAACCCCAUUCUUGGCAUCCCUCAAAUGGUCAAUGCAUUUGAAGGGGAAAGUCAGUAAAAUAUUAGCAAUUUUUGUGGAACUUGAUUUGAAUUCAGCUUAGCAUUCUUUUUGAUGCUGAUGGUAUAGCUAGUGUGAUAUUAACCAUGCAAGUAAUAUCAUAAUAAUAGAAAUCUCAAUACUUUAAAUUAUAUUUUUUCUUCUUGAAAGCAGUUUUUUCAAAAAGAGUUCUUCCAUUUCACCCACUUCUUGUCAUUUGGGAUCCCUCACAUGUAAUUGAUGUCUGUAAUUGUAUCUGGAAUUAAGAUGAUAAUGUUCAAAAGCCAGUGUUCAAUUUUCUCUGUUCAUGUCAUGAGAAACAAAAUGGUUCUAGUUUUUUUUACAAACACUUUAUAAUACUUUUUUGAAGUGUGAUGGGAUACCUAAGUUUAGAAGUGGGUUAUAGUAAUAUGACAGCACAUCUUUCUUUAGCAAAUAGUAUCUUAGUAAAGAAUUAGUGCCUUUCUUAAAGGAACUUAUUGAUAAGCUGUUAUUGGCACUGGUGUUUCUUUUAGGAAAUUAGAUGGAAAUCAUUUACUAUAUCCAGCAUUUUUUGUUGUUGCUUUACUAUGUGCCCUUUGUGUCAACUGGAUUGCUGGCAUAAUCCCAAUAUCAUUUAUUAUAACAUUUAGAGAAAACUAAAAUUAAAAAUUUAAAUAGAGGAAGAAUGAGGUGUUUUGACAAUUGAACUGUUCUGUCUCUUGCAGAAUGAUCAUGGAUGAUCAACAGGCAUAAUUUUUUAAAAGAACAAUUAAUAGGCUUUUUCAUAUUAAAUAAUUAAGAUAUAUUUAUAAUUCAAAUUUAUUUUUGGUAUGCUUAUAGCAAAAUGUGAUUCUGUGACAAGUGUUGCUUUAGUGAUUAGCUCAGUUUCCUGUAUCAUUCAGCCAGUACUAAUUGUAAUGCUUGCUUGUAUAGAAGUUGGCUCAAUUUUAUAUUUUUAAGAAUAUUGAAUUGCACUGGUGUCUCCAGACCCAUAAACAAACCCAUAGGUUUGCUGUAGUAGGGAAAAGAAGCAAAGGGAAUAUUUUUGGAUUUUGGAUUUUAAAAUUGUAAGGCUGGCAAGAGCUUGAUGAAAUAGAUGUAUAUUCCAUUUAUAUAUAUAUAUAUUCAGUGGACAACAGAUUAUACGGUGCCGCACUGAAAUGCAGUAUAAGAUGUACCAGUAAUUCAUAAAUAAAAAUCAGUGGUACUUGUGGAAAAGCCAUUUACAGUACCUAAGUUUCCAAGGAACAGUAUAAUUAGGCUUUCACCAUGAUAAUGUGUACAAGUAUAAUAAAAGUCUUAAUUGAUGAUAAUAUAGACUCUUUCAGAAGGAAAGUGAGACUUAAGAAUUGGAAUUUGAAGUGGAAUGAUUUCUCUUUAAAGAUAUGAAUUACAAUUAAAUUACUAUCAAACCAUUUCAGUGCCAUUUCUUCCACAACCUAGAAUCUGCAAGUUACACAAAGGAGCCCCUAGGAGCCUAUGUUAAAAAUAGGGUUAGUGAUAGAGAACUUCUGACUGCAGAGUCUUUGCCACACAUCUUUCCAUUUUAAUCUUCUUGAAGGCUCUUUUUGAAGGCUACACCAAAUCUUGCAGUAAAACAGGGAUGUCAAAUUUGCAUCAUCACAGCGGUGUCACGAAUUUUUGGAACUUUUUUCCCCUUUGCUAAACCGGGCGUAGCCAGCAUGUGAUGCAUCUGUAAGUUUGACAGCCCUGCAGUAAAAGCCGCUUCUAUAGCACGCUAUCUUUAUUUCGUGAAAUGACAGAUAGAUGGCUUAGCAUGACCUGGAGUGUCCUUUCCAAAUUGCAUAUAGAAGAGUUUCUUUUUUUAAAUAACAAAGCACCGUUUUCUGUUGCGAAAAGCAAUUGGCAGCAUAAUGAAAUUGUAUCUACCAAGUAAUGUUAGAAGAUGAUAUAGACAUGAGGCAAACACUGGGUUGAUACAGCAUUACAGUAAAAGUGUUCCAAAUAAUGUAUUUCCGACCUUGUUGAAAUGGGUAAGAGUUUGUAGUGCAAAACAGAAAUCCAAUUGCUAAAAUAAGGAGUGUUUCUUUUUUUUAAAAAAAAAAAUGCACUUUAAAAUUAUGCACUGGAUGCGAACGGGAAGUAAUGCAAAUGGCUAUUUUGAGAUAUGUAGGUUAUGCAGAGAAAGCUUCUUGGCAGAGCAACAAAUAAAAAGGACUUCCUUCUAUUUGCUCUGAGGAACUGUGAUGGUUUGCCACCUCCCUGGAAAUUAUUUAGCCUAAUAUAUGGAUUAUGGGUGAAAUAAAUAUCCAUGUAAAAACAUGACAGCAGAGUUGAAUCCCGCUGUCCACACUGGAAGUAGGGUGGCUUAUGUUAACCUUGUUUAAUAGCAUUUUAAUAAAUUUAAUGCACACUAAUAAAUUGAGAGGUGUCAACUUGCAUUUCAAUCACUCUGGCUUGCAAACAGACACUGUACAUUAUUUAUGCAAAGAUGUCGAAGGACAUUUAAAGCAGGCAGCACUCAUUUGUGGAUCUCUACUUUUGGUAGAAAUUUAGGCUUUUAAAACAAACUCCUAGUUGGAGAGCAAUUUUCAAGCAAUUACUGUAGCAUGGUAACUCCUUUUAAAAAGUAGAGUAUAAUUUUGUAGCACCAUCAUUGUCUGACAUUAUUAUGAAGUUAAUCUGUUUUAAGUCAUUUUGUGAAAUUUGCUCAAAGUAGUAAUAAAUGUUUUAUACAAAGGA